AUGGCGCCCAUCCGCGAGACUCUUCGCAACACGGCGAGCCGUGUAGUAGAUGUACUGAAGCAGAAGGCUUACGUCCAUUAUCAACACGGAUGCCUGAAGCUCGAGACUAAUGCUCGCGUCCUCAAGCAAUCCAUUGAGAGCACUGCCCCUUAUCUGGUUCUGACUGGCCUGAGCAACGUCUGUGCUAGCUCCAAUCGUGCUCCACUACCACCGCCAAGCAAGAAGCAGCAGACUUCUCGCACCUCAACCACAGGACGUAUCGAGAAGCCAAAGCGUCAUGUCUCCCCCGCAGAGCGAGAUUUCCGGUGGUAUGAUAUGAAGAUGAAGAGGGAGGCUUCCGAGAUGGCGCGCGAGAAAGAGAUCCGCCUCCGAGAGGAGCAGUUGAAGAUGGCAGAGGAGAAGAAACGAAAGAAAGAGCUUCGCGCUUCAUCCGAUCAGUGGGCGGUGGAUCGUCAUAUGAGUAUCAAGGCGUCCCGCUCUCAGUGGACGCCGCCACCACCGCCGCCAUAUGUGCCCGAAAAGUCACCCUACAGUGACGAAUUUUACGCGAAUCAGACCCCUGAGGAGCGUCACAAGUUCAUCCACGAGAGGUUGACCAAUAUCCUUGGCGAGGAGAAGAUGAAAGCUCCGAUCCUUCCUUCUGGUCACAAUCCUAUAGAUCCCGUCAUUGCAGAGCAUAACAAGCGUGUAGCCACUGAAAGUAUCAUCGACGCAUUCGAGUCUCGACGUGCUGAGAUUCAACGCCGCGUUGAUGAGCAGGUGUGGAUGGCUCAUCAAGCACACAAGGCUUACGUGAGGACAGAGGUUCUCUGGAACCACUACCACAACAUUUACCAGGGGCGCAUCAACAGACUUGCCAUGUACACUGGCGAGAUGGGCGACAACAUCGAUCUUUUAGACAACGCCAUCGCAAACAACGAUGUGUGGGAGGUGGCCAACACCGUUCAAUUCUUGACCCAGCAGAUCUUUGAACCCGUCCUCGGCCUGCUACAAGAGUGCGACCACGAGAUUCCACUGGCUGUAGACGAUGCCCAGAAGCUCAAGGCUAUUUGGCCUCUGGCGCGUCUCGAGGAGGUCUACGGGUAUCUGGUGAGCAAGGCUGAUGGUCUCGAGCCCCAGGUCGUCUUCAUGGCUCAGCUUAUUGAGGCCAUCGCCCAUCGGAUCAAGAAUCCGACACCGCUUGUGAACCCUCUUGAGCAAGAACAGCAACCGACCAACAACUUUUGCGCCGAUCACGGCUAUACAAACACCAAUAUAGCAGCAAGCCCUAAACCUAUUUCUGACAAUGGAGCUUCUGUAUUAGGUGCUGCUCCUGAAGGAGGAUUUUUGAUCCGUGGCAGAGCGUCUACAUCAGGUGUUGAUCCCGAUGACUACGUCCCGGGCGCUGCCACUUCCGCACCCGCAGGCUCUGGCAUAUCUAAGCUGACUGCUGCAACCCUCGCAAAAGCUGCUGACAAUCAGCUGGCCUGUCGUUCCGCUGGUUCCGAAAUCCCGUCCAUUACCGUUGAGCCAGUAGACAGUGUCGCGCGGCAAAACGUCAUCCAUUACAUUUCGACCGACAAUAUGGUCCUCGAAACAGAGAUCCAGGACAUGUUCCGCAACAACGAGAUCAAGAGCAAUCAUCGCCGUGCAGUCAAGGAGUGUAUUGAUGGUCUGUUGAAUGCCGCGAACGGUGAAGAGAGUAUCCUCGGCUCUAUGGAUGCCGGACACUACCGCUCACAGAUUGAGAAGUGCGUCACGAGGACUGACGCUCUUCCUCUGAAGAUUCGUCAGAACAAGGAUACUCAAGCUCUCAAGAAGCUUUGUGGCCGUGCGCUGAAGAUCUGGGCGAUUCAUGAUUAG